AUGCCAGGCACAGGGGACGACGUACUGGGCACGCCCCCACCGCUACCCCCCGCCCCAAUGCAAGACUACACGUUCCCGGAGCACCGCCUGAAGCGGCGAAUGGACGACCCGGAGAAGACGCCGUUGCUGCUGGUAGCGUGCGGGUCGUUCUCGCCGAUCACGUACCUGCACCUGCGGAUGUUCGAGAUGGCCGCCGACUACGUGAAGUUCAGCACCGAGUUUGAGAUCGUCGGCGGGUAUCUGUCGCCGGUGUCGGACGCCUACCGCAAAGCUGGGUUGGCGAAUGCGGAGCAUCGAGUGGCGAUGUGCCAGCUAGCUGUGGAUCAAACCUCCGACUGGCUCAUGGUGGAUACCUGGGAGCCCACGCAAAAGGAAUACCAGCCCACGGCCGUGGUGCUGGACCACUUCGACCACGAGAUCAACACCGUUCGCCAGGGCAUCGAGGCCGGUAGCGACGGUACACGCAAGCCCAUCCAGAUCGCCCUGCUGGCCGGCGCGGAUCUGGUCCACACCAUGUCUACGCCGGGUGUCUGGAGCGAGAAGGAUCUCGAUCACAUUCUCGGGAAAUACGGCACCUUCAUCGUCGAACGCAGCGGAACAGACAUCGAUGAGGCCCUCGCCGCCCUCCAAACCUGGAAGAAGAAUAUCCAUGUCAUCCAGCAACUCAUCCAGAAUGACGUCAGCAGCACCAAGAUUCGCCUUUUCCUGCGUCGCGACAUGAGCGUCCGAUACUUGAUCCCCGUCCCCGUCAUCCACUACAUCGAGCAGCACAAUCUUUACAAGGAUGACGGGACUGCCGCGGCGGCGACGGCGUCUGACAAGGGGAACAGCCGGCAGGACCCGGGUUCCUCAGGAUGA